GCUCCUCAGGAAGUGUCGUAGAGGAAGCAGGGGUUGUGGAGGUCGUGGUGGUGGGCUGUGAGUUUGGGCUAUGAGUUAGUUUAGGAGUUUAGGAGCUGAACAUUAAGCUACACGUGCGCGGAGCUGCAGGCCGCUGUUUCAUCCAUUUGGCUGGACAGAGUGCUCGUGAUCAGAUGGAAGAUAAUCUGAUUGAAGAUCAGGGGGCUUUUUACUCUAAGGCAGAGCAUUACUGGAAAGAAGUCCCGCCCACCGUAGAUGGCAUGCUCGGAGGUUAUGGCAGUAUUUCUAGCAUUGACAUCAAUGGUUCCAAGAAGUUCCUUCAGAAAUUCCUUGGGGAGGGAAAGGGUAAGACCAGACCGGGUUGUGCACUAGAUUGUGGGGCAGGAAUCGGCCGCAUCACCAAGCGUCUCCUCCUGCCGCUCUUCCGGACGGUAGAUUUGGUGGAUGUAACGCAGGAGUUUCUGGAUAAAGCGCGCUCCUACCUUGGUGAAGAGGGGAGGAGAGUGGAGAACUACUUCUGCAGUGGCCUACAGGACUUCCAGCCUCAGCCACAACGUUAUGACGUCAUCUGGAUCCAGUGGGUCAUCGGUCACCUCACUGAUGACCACCUGGUGGAGUUCCUGAGGCGCUGUCAAAGUGCCCUGCGUCCUGAUGGACUGGUUGUGAUAAAGGAUAAUGUGGCGUAUGAGGGUGUGGUACCUGACGAGGUGGACAGCAGUGUGUGCAGAGACCUGCAGGUAGUGCACCGCAUAGUGGCCAGAGCUGGACUCACUGUUGUUUAUGAAGAACAGCAGCAGAACUUUCCUGAAGAGAUCUAUCAGGUUCACACUUUAGCUCUUAGAUAGGAGCAGUGUGACUGAGUGACCGAGCCAGUUUUAGGAGAAACUCUCUGUAGGAGCCAUGCUAACUCUGCACAAGAUUGUUCCUUACUGCCAGUGUCAUUGCUGCUCCUGAUGAUGCACAGGACUGGAAAAGCAUCAAUAUGUGCCUGUGUCAAAGUGUGGGGGCUUUAAGCAGUGUGAGGGCUUUUAAGGUCCUCAGUGGACUGCUGAGUAUAGUAGUACGUAGUAGAUCUUCAGCCUGAAGCACCUUUUAAAGGUGCUGUGGAUCUGACAAUAAAAUUCAGGUUAUUGCAGUUGAUUGGAGUAAGACUUUAAAAACAUUUUAAAUUUAAGCCAGCCCAGAUUUAGCUCCUGUGUGUGUGCUUAUAUUGGAUUGAGUUGUCUGGAUGAAUGUUUUAUGCAUAACUUAUUCAUAUUUAGAGACUUGCGUAUGCAUGUACUGUGUUUACAGUGAAUUGAGUGUGUGUAUAUGUAAAAUAAACAGCUUUGUAUAAA